UGCAGGAAAUUUGGUAAAGAUCGUUAACGUCAUUUAAUCAGGGCCAAGCAAAAGCUAAAGAUGGAGAAACGUUUAGAAGGUGUAAGGAGCUGCAUGCGAGACACUAAGCUUGUUCCAGCUCCCCUCUCAGCUUUCAUCAUCCCUACUGACGAUGCUCAUCAGAGUGAGUACAUAGCGGACUGUGACAAGAGGAGAGAGUUCAUAUCAGGGUUCACUGGUUCUGCAGGGACUGCCGUGGUUACUGCUGACCAUGCACUCCUAUGGACGGAUGGCCGCUAUUUUCUCCAGGCCUCUCAGCAGCUCGAUGGCAACUGGACACUCAUGAAAAUGGGCAAUCCUGGUGUGCCUAGUUUGGAGGCGUGGCUUGCAAAGGAACUCCCGUUGGGGUCAAAGGUUGGAUUUGACCCCUCCCUAACCUCGGAGCUCACCUUUAAGCAGUACUCUCAAGCUCUAGAGUGUGCCGGCAUUGACCUUUUGCCAGUGACGACGAACCUCAUUGAUGUUGUGUGGGGAGGGGAGAAACCAUCUCGCCCCUGUAAUCAACUCAUGGUGCUGCCAAUCAAAUACUCCGGACGUUCUUGGCAGGAUAAAGUGUGUGAUAUACGUGAGAAGAUGAAAGAUGCUAAUGCUUCGGUGGUCAUGGUCACUGCAUUGGAUGAAGUAGCUUGGCUGUUUAACUUGAGAGGAUCGGACAUUGAGUACAACCCACUGUUCUUUGCCUACGCCAUAAUCAGCACUGAGGAAGUGAGACUCUUUAUCAGAGAGGAGCAAUUAAGCCCAGACGUACUGGAGCAUUUAUGUGCCGGCAAAGAGGGCGGGGUCAAGACCUUCCCAUACGAGGCUGCGUCAUCACACUUGUCACAGCUUGUGGGGAGUGUAGAGGGGAAGGUGUGGCUGAGUGGGAAGUCAAGCCACGCCCUCUACUCCAUCGUACCCUCGGCCAAGAAAAAGGACAUUCUCUCACCAAUACAGCUAUUGAAGGCAAUAAAGAAUGAAACAGAGAUACAAGGAAUGAGAUAUUCUCAUAUCCGAGAUGCAGCUGCCUUGUGCGAGUACCUGUGGUGGCUGGAGACAGAGGUGGACAAGGGAGAGCUGAAUGAAGUGACUGCUGCUGAUAAACUCGAGGAACUGAGGAGUGAACAGCCUGACUACGUGUCUCUGAGUUUCCCCACAAUCUCAUCGUCAGGGCCCAAUGGAGCCGUGAUCCACUAUCGUCCUAUACCGGCCACGGCUCGUACCCUCUCACGGGCGGAGCUCUACCUCUGUGACAGCGGGGGACAGUACAAGGACGGGACCACUGAUGUCACCAGGACCAUCUCACUGGGAUCUCCAUCUCAGAAAGAAAAGGAAUGCUUCACACUGGUGCUCAAGGGCCACAUUGCACUGUGCUCUGCUGUCUUCCCCAACAAGACAGCUGGUAGUCGUAUCGACGCCCUGGCUCGACUCCCGCUGUGGGGGGCGGGGUUAGACUACAAGCACGGGACAGGGCACGGAGUUGGUGCAUUCCUCAAUGUACACGAGGGACCACAGAGCAUUGGGACAAAGGCGGGAGCCCAACCCCGCUAUUCUGAGCCUCUUCAAGCUGGCAUGUUUGUUAGUGAUGAGCCUGGCUACUAUGAGGACGGGAAGUUUGGUAUCCGCAUUGAGAACGUGGUAGUGGUGGUUCCCACGGAAACUAAGUACGGUAGCGGCUACCUGACCAUGGAGCCAGUCACCUUGGUUCCCAUUCAAAUGAAGAUGGUGGAACCAAGCUUACUCACAGCUGAUGAGAUCUCAUGGAUCAACCAUUACCACAGCGAGUGUUUGGACAAGGUGGGAAAUUACCUAGGUGACAGUGGAAAAACGGAGGUUCUGAAGUGGUUGCAGAGAGAAACACAACCACUUGGUUAACUCUAACUCUCUAAGUACUAAUAGCAAUUUCAGAGUGAACAGCUUUAUAUGAACAUGCAGCUUUAUAUGCAUGCAUGCACGUAGAAUUUAUAUUCAUAGUUCUACAUACAAUAUCAUGUAUUCACAAAACGUAUAUUUUGUCAUAGACUUUGGCUGAAUGUGAAAA